AUGAAGUUGGAAAAAGAAGGAAGGAAAACAAACUCGCCUAGUCUUCUUGAGUUGUCUAAUAAUGUAAAGGAGGUUGGCGAAAAAUAUGUACAAGUGGGUGUAAAAGCGGGGGGGCAUAUACCUUUGAUAGAACAAAUAGGUGGUCUUUGUGGACUUGGCGGUGCUCUUUAUCACGGCACUUUGGUUUCAGGAAUGAAGAUAGUUGAUGACGGAAAAGAAGUUUACAACAAAGCCUUAGACACCGGAGCAGGACUAAUGGAAAGUACUGGAAAAAAUUUAACACAAGUUACUGAAACGUUUGUUGACAAAGGAGCUGAUAUGAUUAAAAAUAUUGGAGGUGAUAUAGCAAAUGUUACUGGAACGAUUGCUAGUAAUAUAGCGGAUGUUAACAAAAAGGUUGUUGAAGAAGGGUCAAGUUUAGUUAAGGAAGGUAUGAAAACGGGAGCAGACACGGUUGAAAAUUUUAGAAAAGGUGUGGAAAAUGUGACUACGGAGGCUAUGAAUAAUACAACAAAAGUAAUUAAUGAAAGCAUUGAUGUAGCAAAAAAAGUUGUUGAAGGCGGAAUUGGGGCCAAGUACGGUGACUUUGAGUUCGGAGUUAAUAUGGGGAAAGGAAAUGUUUUGGAAGCAAAAGUUGAAAGCAAGGAUGAAAUAAUAGCACGUCUAGAAAAACAGUUAGAAGAACAAAAGUUAGAAUUAACUAAAAAGCAAGAGCAAAUUAAUUUUCUUCAACAGCAACAAGCUGAAGCUCAAAAAACCUCAGGACAAACAGGUCUAGCGGCUCUUCAACUCGCCCAAACGCUCGCUGCUAAUAAAUAG